AUGUGCAUCCUCCAGAACCUGACAGCAUCCGUUUACACGACAGUAUUGAACCUUUUUCUGGCCUUGCUACUGAGUUCAUUUAGUUCAGAUAGCCUUUCUCCUACAGAGGAUGAUAAUGAAAUGAACAACUUACAGAUUGCUGUUGCAAGAAUCCAAAAGGGAAUAGAUUAUGUGAAGAAACAAGCAGGUGAAUGUGUCCAAAAGUCUUUCUGGGGGAAACAAGCUGUUGUAAAUCAAAGAGCAACAACAGAUCACUUGAAUGCUGAGACAGACCGUUGCAUUUCCAACCGUACCAUCACUGAAAUAAGGAUAGAUACAAAUUAUCACAAAAAUGAGAAUGGAAUGGCCACUGUUAUAGGUGGCAGUGAUUAUACAUCGUUCAUAAACAACCCAAGUGUUACUGUUACAGUACCAAUAGCUGUUGGAGAAUCUGAUUUUGAGCAUCUAAAUACAGAAGAGUUCAGCAGUGACUCAGAUUUGGAGGAAAGCAAGGAGAAGCUAGAUUUUUCCAGCUCAUCUGAAGGAAGUACAAUUAAUUUAGCUCUCUCUAGAGAAGAAAAAGCUGAAACUGAACCAGAAAAAGCAUCGGAGCUACAAGCGUGCUUUACAGAAGGCUGUACGAGGAACUUCAAAUGUUGUAAAGGCAGUAUGGAAAGUGCAAAAGGAAGAAUCUGGUGGAACCUUCGUAAAACCUGCUACAACAUAGUAGAACACAACUGGUUUGAAACGUUCAUUGUCUUCAUGAUUCUUCUCAGUAGCGGUGCUCUGGCUUUUGAAGAUAUAUAUAUUGAACAGCGCAAGACUAUAAAAGUCAUACUGGAAUAUGCUGAUAAAAUCUUCACUUACAUCUUUAUUCUGGAAAUGGUGCUAAAAUGGGUGGCCUAUGGUUUUCAAACUUAUUUCACUAAUGCUUGGUGCUGGCUGGACUUCCUGAUUGUUGAUGUCUCCUUGGUUAGCUUAGUAGCUCAUGCCCUUGGUUUCUCAGAACUCAGUGCAAUUAAAUCCCUCCGAACAUUAAGAGCUUUGAGACCCCUAAGAGCUUUGUCACGCUUUGAAGGCAUGAGGGUGGUUGUGAAUGCUCUUACUGGAGCAAUUCCAUCCAUUAUGAAUGUUCUUCUGGUCUGUCUUACAUUCUGGCUAAUUUUCAGCAUCAUGGGAGUAAAUUUGUUUGCUGGCAAGUUCUAUCACUGUGUUAACACCACAACUGGUGAGAUUUUCAAGCCAGAGAAAGUCAGUAAUGCAACUGUGUGUAAAAAUCUUACGAUGACUGCUGAUGACGUUCGGUGGCAAAAUGUAAAAGUAAACUUUGAUAAUGUUGGAGCUGGUUAUCUUUCUCUGCUUCAAGUAGCAACGUUUAAAGGAUGGACAGAGAUCAUGUAUGCCGCAGUUGAUUCUACAGAAACAGAGAAACAGCCCAAGUAUGAGGACAACCUGUACAUGUAUUUUUACUUUGUUGCCUUUAUCAUCUUUGGAUCAUUUUUCACUCUAAACUUAUUCAUUGGUGUCAUCAUAGAUAACUUCAAUCAACAAAAAAAGAAGCUUGGAGGUCAAGACAUUUUCUUGACAGAAGAACAAAAGAAAUACUACAAUGCAAUGAAGAAGCUGGGAUCCAAGAAACCACAAAAACCUAUACCUAGACCAGCG